UACCUGUGAAUAUACCAUGUAUGACUAAGAAGAAGAAACAUGAAUAAAUAUGAUGAAGAUUUGUAUGAAAACCAGUUUUUUCACCAGAUUCAAAACCAGAAAAAAGAUGUAGUUAACAAGGCUGCCAAAAAUGGCUGGGUGAUUUGUGUACCUAAAUUCAGUCAGACACAAGGUGUUGUAAUAAAAGAUAAUGAUAUAUUAGAUCAUAUCUUACAGCCCGUACUUAAUAAACAGUGUGAUUUAAAUGACAAUUUUAUAUCAUUAUCAGGCAAUGAAGCUUGUAUUAUUAAUGGUGUAAUUAAAUUGUGUAAAGGUUAUCAACAACAAAAAGAAGUUCAGAUUUUAUUUGAAGAAACAUUUCAUACUGAGGAGGAUGAAAGUUUUCGUGUUAUAUGUAUUGAAAAAUUUUUCAAUAAAGAAGACAAGCAAAAGGAAGAAGGGGCAACUCAACCACCACCAUCAUCAUCAAGAAGACUGACAAGUUAUGAGCAAUGUUUAGAUAUACUAUGGAGUCACUCAGGUGGAAAGAAAGCAAGAGAUAAUUUAGAUAAAAUGCUCACAAGUUUUGCUGCAUCAUAUGAUAAUCUGGAAGGAGAAAGUAUAAGGAAUAUUGCAGAUGUAGCUUCUUCUCAGUUUACUAAAGCUAUGCAGACUUUAUUGAAAGAUUCUGUAGUGAGACGUUCAUCUAAACAUAAUCCAGAAUAUAGGGAGAGUUUGAAAGUAGCAGUAGAGACAUAUCUAAUGAAUUCUAUCCAUAAGAAGUUAUUUCGUGUGAUAACUGCUAGUCUGGCCUCUCAGGAUGCAGAAAUUAACAAACUAACAAGAAACAUGAUUGAUUUACAAUUACAAGACAUGGGAAUUAGAAAAGUUUUCAGUCAGAACAUUCCACCAGCCAAAAAAGAGUUAUCUAAAUUAAACCAAUACAGUACACCAUUGGGUCGACUAUUCUGUAUAAAACGUGUUGUCGCAUCAUUAACAAAACCAUCCAGACAAUCAUCGCAGUCUUCCAGUGACGAUAGUUUAAUGACAACUGACGAUUUUUUACCUAUUUUAAUCUUUCUUAUUAUUAAAUCAGAGAUACCUAACUGGUUGGCUAAUCUUGCCUAUAUGCAACAUUUUCAUCUGGCUAAAUCUAACAGUGAUGAUGAAUUUGGAUUUUAUUUAGCAUCUGUAGAAGCUGCAUUAGAGCAUAUAAAGAGUGGUCAAAUUAAUGACGAAGUAAUUACUAAAGAUAAACUGAUGUUUGAACGGUGGCAGCCAUUAACUUUGGCAGGAAGUUAUAAAGAUGAAGGAAUACAGAGGCAGAGUUCAACCAAUCCCAGUGCUAUAGACGAAUUCUUUCAGUACGUACAAUUAGGAGAUGAAGCAGCUGUAUUAAAGAUGUUGGAUAAUAAAUGUACAGAAGAAAUCUACUUAAAACUUUGUCAUCCAUUGUGUUCAUGUGAUCGCUGUGAAAGAUUACUUGCAAAGAAUCGACUGGAUUCUAGUUUAGUUACAGCUCUUACUCGUGAUGAUAGAGGUUAUACAGCAUUACAUGUGGCAGCAUAUUAUGGUCAAGCUCUUUUAAUUGAUAUUUUAAUUAAAUACGGUGCUAUAGUAGAUGCUACAGACUAUCUUGGUUUAACUCCAUUACACAUUUCUUGUCAAAAAGGAUUCCAAAAUGUCAUGUUAUUAUUGUUACAUUUUGGAGCUGAUGUAUCAUGUGCUGAUAAUGAUGGUAAUACAGCUUUACAUCUAGGAGCUGCUAAUGGUCAUGAAGAUUGUGUAAAAGGUCUGGUUUUCUAUGAUAAUAAAAGAGUUGAGGUUGACUUGAAGAAUGAUAUAGGUGAGACACCUCUACACAUGGCAGCUAAAUGGGGGUAUGAUGUAAUUGUUAAAACAUUAUUAGAAAAUGGUGCUGAUGCUACCAUUAAAAAUCGUAGAAGACAAACACCAAUAAGUCUAGCCCAAAACAUCAUGGUACAACGACUAAUGGUGGAAACAAGAUCACAGGUGAUAGAUAAACCACAAAAGGUUGCUGUAAAGAAAAAAGGGCCGAAAAUUAAAAGUACAUCACGUUUGAAAGAAUCAAGUGUUAAAGAGAGUAAAGAUACAGAAAGUAAUUAUAGUGCUACAAGCUAUAUAACAGAAACACUACAUCCAACAACAAGCUCCUUGAAGAAACAACAAGAUAAACUAUUUAAAGCUGUAACUACUGGUGAUAUACAGUUGGUCAAGUUUUACUUGGGUAUUGAUAAAAAUCUUUAUAAUAGUGAUGAUGAAGAUGAUGAAAAUCAACAAUUACCCACUGGUCUAGAGGAAAACCUUUGUCAUCCAUUAUGCAAUUGUUCUAAUUGCUCCAGUUUACAAAAUCCUAGUAGUGUAAAUAGGAAAUAUAAUUUAAUUAACUGUCAGAGUGUAACAGGUUAUACACCAUUACAUUUAGCUGUAAUGAACUCACAUUAUGAUAUUGCACAACUAUUUAUAGAACAAGGGGCUGUACUUGAUGUUAGUAAUCAUAAAAACUUAACAGCACUUCAUCUUGCCUGCUUUCUUCAGCAUAAACCGAUUAUACAGAUUUUAUUAGAACAUGGAGCCAAUGUUCAUAAAACUGAUAUGAACGGUGAUACACCAUUAAUUCUGUGCUGUGCCAAUGGUUUCUAUGGUGGCGUUCAAAUGUUACUUCAAUAUGGUUCAAACUCCAAUCAUAGCAAUAUAAAGGGUAAUACUGCUCUUCACAUAGCUGUAGAAAGAGAACAGGAUAAUAUUGUUCAGGUAUUGUUACAGUGUGGUGCUAAUCCUUAUUUAUCUAAUCAACAUGGUAAAACAGUUGUUGAUCUUAGUAAGGAUACCCGUUUAUUUUCUAUGGUAAAACAUUUCUGUCAACUUAACGUACAAGGUUUGGAAAGAGAAAAACAAUGUAAAGAAGCACUCGGUUUUAAAGAUGUGUAUGCAGCGCUUGAAGAAAAGAAACGAAAAACAUUGAAAGAAAUAACAACUUCUAUUAGAACGUUUGACAGACAACACGAGUUAAAAAAAACAACAACAAAAAGUUAUGGCGAACCAUAUUUAGAUGGAGAUUUGGCCAUGAUGUUGUCUAUACAGCAUUUUGAUCAUAGAUCAUUAAAACAUGUAGAGAGUAUUGAUAGAGGUGAACCACUGUAUAUUUAUACUUUAGCCAAGGCAGCUGCUGCUAAAGAAAGACCAGCUAUAGACAAUAACCAUUCCACCCACAACCAUCACAGUAGUGAAAAUAUUGAUAGAUGUAUUGCAGAUAAAUAUAAUCAACCAUUGUUUACCGAUGUAUCCAAUGGUGUUAAAGAAAGUGGUGAUGAACUAUUAAGUGCUAAAAGCAAUAGUGAUCAAGAAAAAAAUCAGUAAUGAACUCUCAUGUAAAACAGUGGCGAAAAGUCACCUGUGAUAAAUUAUAAAACAUUUAGCGAUGAAGUCAUGCACAGUUGUAAAAUAAAUAGUGAUCUAUGUAUUGUUGAUAAAGAAGCAAUCUGUGAUGAGCUCGCACAGUGAUAAUAUAACAAAUAGAUUUUUUAGUAGUGUUAUACGCUCACUAGACAGAAUAGCUUUAAAAUAAAAUUAAACGAAAUUGCUUAUUGCAUUAAACUUUUAAACUAAAUUUCCACACAAAUCCUUAAUAAGCAACAUUCCUCAACAACAAUGAUAAUUUAAUGAAAAUAUCCCUUAAUGUCCAUCAUAGCUAAUCGACAAUAUGAAAAAUGACAUUCCUUGUAUUUUUGUACGCCCACAUUAUUAUGUGAACGUAUAUUGUCGUUGCCCCUGUCCAUCCAUCCACACUUUGUUUGUGGACACUCAACAGGUCACAAUUUUUAUCAGAUUUUGACAAAACUUGAAAUAUAACUCUUACAUGUAUCUCCAAAAGAUCUUGGUUCCUUUGGAUCUUGGCAUUUAUCGGGCCAUAACUUCAUGGAUUAUGGCCCCUGAUUGUAUGAAAAAUCAUGUAUUUAGCUUGUGGACAUUCUAAGAGGUAAUAAUUUUCAUCUGAUUUUGAUGUAACUUGAAAUGCAUGUUUAUAACUCAAAGAUCUUGGUUCCGUUCGAUAUUCCUGCAUAUCAGAUUGUAACUUCCUGAAUUAUGGUCCCCAUUUGUAUGAAAAAUCACGUUUUUAGCUUGUGGUCCCUCUAGAGGUCAAAAUUUUUAUCUGAUUUAAAAAAAAAACGUUUGACUAGGUCACCGUUACACCCUAAUGAUGGUUGAGUUCGAAUUUCGUGAAAAUCGGAUCAAAACUGCCGGACAAAAUGGCUGCCCCUUGUACGCAAAUAGUGUGAAAAUAUAGUAUAUCAAGGUUGUGGACCCUCUAGAGAUCACAAUUUUUAUCUAAUUUUUAUGAAACUUGAAAUGCAUGUUUAUAACCCAAAGAUCUGGGUUCCUUUCGAUAUUCUUGCAUAUCGGAUUGUAACUUCCUGAAUUAUGGCCCUUGAUUGUACGAAAAAUCGCGUUUUUAGCUCGUUGUCCCUCUAGAGGUGACAAUAUUUAUCCAAUUUAAAAAACAUUUGAAUAUGUCACCGUUACAACCUAAUGAUGGUUGAGUUUGAAUUUUGUGAAAAUUGGAUCAAAACUGCUGGACAAAAUGGCCACCCCUCAUACGCAAAUAGUGUAAAAUUAUGGUAUCAAGGUCUUGGGCCCUCUAGAGGUCACAAUAUUGAUCUGAUUUUGAAGAAACUUUAAAUACAUGUUUAUAACCCAAAAAUCUUUGUUCCUUGCUAUAUUCAGGCAUAUCCGAACCUAACGUCCUGAAUUAUGACCUUUGUUUGUACGGAAAAUUGCUGUUUAAGCUUGUGGACCCGCUAGAAGUCACAAUUUGUAUUCAAUUUUAAAAAACGAUAAAUAUAUCACCGUUACACAUCAAUGAAGGUUGAGUUCAAAUUUCGAAACAAUCUGACCGAACUGCCAGACAAAAUGUCUGCGACUUAUCUGAUUUUGAUGAAACUUAUAUGUUUACAUCCUGAAGAUGCAGGUUCCUGUAGAUAUUCACACAUAUCAGACCGAAACUUCCUGAAUUAUAGCCCCUGAUUGUACGAAAAAUCAAUUAUUUUUUAGCUUGUUUUCUGUCCAUCUCUUGCAAAAUGUGGGCGUAUCUUACAUGGCAACCGCUUGUUUUAUGAAGUAAGCGACAUGAUUAAAAAUACAACAGAUUAAAUUAGACCAAUGUACUUAACAUAUUUUGCUGAUAUCUUCCACUAAGUAAGUUUGGCAGUAAUUAAAUUUUGAUGAGAUGUUCUGUAAAUAAACAAAUAUAUUUUUGAA